GGGCGCUUCUACGAUUGGUCAAAGGAAACAUCGAAGGUAUCCUGAGACAGGCAUCAAGUACAGCCAGGUGUGUAAGACACUCACGGGGCCGAUGGCUGCCAGCAUAUCGAGUUUCUCAAUGACAUAUGUGGCAUUGUUGUCCGGACAUCCGCUAAAAGCGGCUUCCCACACCAAAGUUUGGGCCAGGUGUAUGUUGCCUCACCAAUUGCGCGUUGCAGCAAAUUUUCACAAAACCCAGGAUCUAUUGCGGGGCCAUGGGUUAAUUAAAAUCUGGCAAGCAGCAAGUCCAUUCCGGGAUUCACUCGAGGUCAUACUGUUGUUUCAUGGGUGCGUUCUUGAUCAGUAUGGGUCUAAUAAAACCCGACACGCUAUUGUAUCAUUUAUCUUUAGAGCAUAUAUUUGCCUAUCCCAGAGACAUCCAUAUACAUAUGAACGGGUUCUACAGACCUGGUCAUUCAAGCUGGUUAUCCCGGCUGGAUUCUUGUUUAAUUUUAUCGCAGGAUCGCUUGAAUCCAGAUAAAUAAAGUCAAUCGCAAUUUAAUCGGCUCAUCAUCGGACAAGCCGCUGAAUCUUGGG